UACACAUAUAUGUAUAUGUAUAUAAGAGCUUGAUUGAAGAAAGACAAAAUUAAGAAGUAAAAUGGGAAGGGGAAAAGUAGAGCUAAAGAGAAUAGAAAACCCAACAAAUAGGCAAGUCACCUUCUCUAAGAGAAGAGAUGGUUUGUUCAAAAAAGCCAUUGAGCUAUCUAUUCUCUGUGAAGCUGAGGUUGCACUUCUUGUCUUCUCUUCUUCUGGGAAAUCUUAUCAGUUCUCUAGCCAUGACAUGGAUAGAACGAUCAGGAAGUACAGAAAUGAAAAGGGACUGCAUAAAAUGAACAGCCAUGGAGUUAGAACUAUUGAGGUGUGGAAGAAUGAAAUGGAUGAGAUGAAGAAAGCAAUCGACACACUGGAAACAAAACUCAAACAUCUGGCUGGAGAAGACCUUUCCACAUUAGGGAUGAAAGAACUGAAACAACUCGAGCGCCAGCUGAGGAUGGGGGUCGAUCGUGUACGCUCUAGAAAGUGGCGCCUUUUAUCGGAGCACGUAAGUUUAUUGAAGAGAAAUCAUAAAACUUUGCAAGAAGAAAAUUGCAAUCUUCAGAAAAAAAUCAAGCUGCAUGAGAUACUGAGCGAGGGUGAUGAAAACUCUGGGUUGGAUUCAUCUGAUCAUGUAAUCCAAAGCUUUAUUCCAGAUGGGCAGCCUCUCAACAUGAACUAGCUUGGUUUUCCAGACAGUUGAUUACUAUAUAUAUACAUUUUGGUUCUAUGUCCCUUGCACCAUCUUAUCCUUUUUUAUCACAAAAAAGGAGAAUAUAUAUGAAAAGAAUAUAGGUUUUGGUUGUUAUAUAUAAGGUAUUGAGCAAUAGUUUGUAAGUUUAGUUUGAUUUGUAAAAUGUAAAAUGGUGAUGCGUGAUACUUUGGUUGGUAAUGCGGUGUGUAAUUAUUUUUUAUAAAUAUAUUUGGGUUUUACGAAAAAAAAAAAAAAAAAAACUAAUGUUGAUGCUAAAGAGUUUAGAUUAAAAUUACA